CCAACACCGAAAAACGAUGAUCCCCAUUAGAGGUUGGACUCUGGUAGCAGGGAUGAUUGGCUUAGUGUUAUCGCAAGAUUGCCAAUCGGACACGUACAACUUCACCCGCCACUAUAAUAUAUCGCAACAGUUGGAUCUCACGACCCAACCAAACCAAGUAAUCGCCAGUUUCGUCGUAUCGAAAACCCUAUCGGCGAGCACGACCAACGAAUACCUGCAGGUCAAAGUAGAAGAUAAUCUGCUCAGCUUCACCACCGCUGCCAAGUUUGUAGAAUACGAGAAACUGGAAGUGACGACCCGGCUAAACCUGUUGAUUACGUUCACUUGUCAGACGGGAUCUUUGGUUGGUAGCUACUACCAGGAUCUGCUGGAAGCGAACAAUCAUGCUCCGGAGUUUUCCCGAAGUGAGUACGAAACGACGGUACCGCUACCCUUGCCGAAGAACUUCGAUUUGAGUCCUUUUAUUGAUGAUGGGAAAGGGGUGGUUGCAGUAGAUCACGACUUGGUGAAUAAUACGGUGGACUUUGCGGUAGGUGAUAAUCAGUACGUCAAAGUGGAAUCGGUAAAAGUCAGUCCGAAAGUUUUCCGAGGGGUGUUGAAGUUGAAAGAGCAGGUAUUGAAGCUACCGGAGGUGAUUGAGUUGGACAUUGUGGCCACGGAUCAGGGGGUUCCGGCGAAAAGUGUUAGUGCGAAGGUGAUUAUCAAGCCGGAUUUGACGAUCGAGUAUAACGAUCCACCGGCGUUCAAGAGGACUUUUGUUCAGGAGGACUUCGAUUCGGAAGCGGGGAAUGCCGUAGUGGUUGAGUUGAUUCCUGGAACGGUGCACGAAGCAGUGGAAUAUACUUUGGUGGGCGAGGAUGCGUCGUACUUUAAGUUGAGUGCUGCAGAAGAUAAGAGCAAAGCAACAGUGGUUCUGAACAAAGAACCGAAGCCGCCCAAGGGAAAGUAUUUCUUGAGUGUAGUGGUGGAGGCGAAGAGGUCUGCAUUGCAGACUUCUGAGUGUGUGAUUCUGAUUGAUUUGAAGGAAUCAGCGCCACCGGAGGGGGGUGUGAACGGUACUGUAGUGGAGAAAACGUUGAGUAUUCUUCAUUUGGAAGAAGAACGGAUACAUACACAGGUGUUUCCUAGCAAGGUUGAUGAUUGCUGGUAUGGAAUUGUUUAUCAAAUUCCGAAUCGAACCGAGAGUAUUUUCCACGUUGACGAAUUGACCAAUUGGAUUGUAUCUUCGGAAUUUGACAGGGAAGAUGUAGAUUUGUUCAAAGAUGUAGACCUUCCACAGUUUCAGCUGGUUCUACAACUGAAUUGUCCGCCGUCUGAAGGUGAUGCAGUUUCACCUCCAGUGUUCGUCGACGAGAUUCCAUACUCAGUAGAUACUACCUACAUCAGCGUCUUUGUAGACGACAUCAACGAUAACGCUCCGGUUUUCACAUUCCCGAAGCAAGACGACGUAUUUGCCUUUCCUGUUGCACGUAUUUCGGAGCGAUUGUUACCUUCCAGACUGUUGCAGGUGACUGCCAACGACCUGGAUGCUGGUUUGAACUCCGUCAUCCGGUUCAGUGUAACUCAAAAUGACCACUUCAGCAUCGAUCCCAAGACAGGCGUUGUCUAUCCGAUGAAGAAUGCUCUAGAUGGUGAAGAAGUUAUCCAGCUGGAAAUAUUGGCUACCGACCGAGACGGUGCCGCCGAUGGUAAUGUUGCCAAGUUGAAGAUUCAGGUCGUUCCAGCUGUGUCUUAUCAACUGUCAGUGCUGCAGGUGGAAGGAGUGGACGAGCAUCAAUUGGUUGAAUACAUCGAUAAGCUGCAAACGCAAAGUGGGUUCGUUAUUCGAACCGUUACUGGAGGUUAUACAUCGUUGGUGGACGCGAGAACAAGGGAAACCGAUUCCAAUACAGUUCAGAGGCUGAUUGUUGUUGCUUUUGACCGGAAAAAAGAACUAGUAUCAUCUGAAGAUCUUGCGAGAAGUCUUGAGCCACUCAACGGCGUGACCGUUUCCAAUUUGGAAAUACUGGGAUGUUUCAAUCAACAGCCUGAGGACGACGACGAUGGUUGCACCGUUUAUCCGUACAUUGUGGUCAUGUCCGUAUUUAUCGUAAUGUUCGUAGCAACCAGUGCCCUGUCGGCUUAUUUCUGGUUCAAGUGGCGCCUUCUGGUAAGUCCCGGCCAACUUUCCGAUCCGAGUAACCAAUCGGAUAAUGUCCUCGUGGAAAAUCCCUACACGAACGCUGGAUCUACCCCACCGGUAAAGAGGAAGGACAUCGAUGGAGCUACCGUCGAUUAUUCCUCGGACAGUGUAUCCCGAAGCAAUCGUCUAGCUCCGAAGCUUUCGGGAAUGCUCAUCAUUAACGAAGACGAAGGUGAAGGAACGACAGCAGUUCUCACUACUGAACCCCAAGCAGAAUCCCCUGACGGAAAUCGGCAGCGAAAAAAAUCGAUUCGAUUCAGCGAGGAUGUCGAACGGAUUGAAGUUUUCGAACAUUACCUUAGUUCGUAAAAAUAGCUUUUAUUAUAAAUACCAGGUUUCGUAAUGCAAUAAAUCUAC